AUAAGCAUUCAGCUUCUAGGGUUUCCGCCACAACAAGAAGAGCAGCAGUCGACAACAGCAGGAGCAGGAGGCAGCAGCCAUGGUUCUCAAGACCGAACUCUGUCGUUUUAGCGGGGCCAAGAUUUACCCAGGAAAGGGCAUCAGAUUUAUUCGUUCUGAUUCUCAGGUCUUCCUGUUUGCCAACUCAAAAUGCAAAAGGUACUUCCACAACAGGUUGAAGCCAUCAAAGCUUACCUGGACAGCCAUGUACAGGAAGCAGCACAAAAAGGAUAUUGCUCAAGAAGCUGUGAAGAAGAGGAGACGUACCACCAAGAAGCCUUACUCAAGGUCUAUUGUGGGUGCUACACUUGAGGUUAUCCAGAAGAGGAGAACUGAGAAGCCCGAGGUUCGUGAUGCUGCAAGGGAAGCUGCUCUCCGUGAAAUCAAGGAGAGGAUCAAGAAAACCAAGGAUGAAAAGAAGGCCAAGAAGGCAGAAGUUACAAAAUCCCAAAAAUCUCAAGGCAAGGGUAGCGUUACCAGGGGAGGUGCACAACCAAAGGGACCAAAGCUUGGGGGUGGCGGUGGCAAGCGCUGAGCCACUGUUCUGUUGCCUACUUGUUGGGAAGUAGAGUAAUAGAUAGGACGUGUUUGUUUGUUUGAAGAUUUUGUAAGGAUUGAUUGGCCAUGCUUGAUGGUCCAUUCGUAUUUUUCUUUUAUCUAUCUUAUAUCUGUCACUUCGAUAUUACUAAGUUUCAAAUAGUUAUUCUGUUGGAUUUUAACUUGAUAUUUCAGCUUCAGCUUAAGCAACUUUUUCCUU